GCCACCUGAUCCCAUCCAGUUGCAACGAGGCGAGCUACCGGCACUCUGAGCUCAGGGCCCCCAGCGCCCUGGGAUCGUGCAGAUUUUGGGACAAGGGGCUGGUGCGAACAGAGCCAUCCCCAGUCGGAGACCCGGCCAACCCACGCGGUCAGUCCUGCUAGGGCCUGGAGCCCAUCUCCUCUGCCCACUGCAAACCUGUCUGCCUCCUUCUCCUGCCAAGCUUCUUGGGAACACUGGCCCUGCUACCAGAGCCCCAUGAGCCCCCAUGAGUGCCAGUGAAGGGAAUCCCGGAUAGCGAGGCCCUGGCUGGUCCAGGGCUGGGGACUCCAACAUGCCACCCAUCCUGCAGCGCCUGCAGCAGGCCACCAAGACGAUGAGCCGCAGGAAAAUUCUGCUGCUGGUGCUGGGGUGCAGCACUGUAAGUCUUCUCAUCCACCAGGGGGCGCAGCUUAGCUGGUACCCCAAGCUAUUCCCUCUGAGCUGCCCGCCCCUGCGGGAGUCGCCGCCGCGCCCCAAGCAUAUGACGGUGGCCUUCCUGAAGACGCACAAAACAGCGGGCACCACGGUGCAGAACAUCCUGUUCCGCUUCGCCGAGCGCCACAACCUGACCGUGGCCCUGCCACACCCGAGCUGCGAGCACCAGUUCUGCUACCCGCGCAACUUCUCGGCGCACUUCGUGCAUCCGGCCACGCGGCCGCCACACGUGCUGGCCAGCCACCUGCGCUUCGACCGCGCGGAGCUGGAGCGGCUCAUGCCGCCGGGCACCGUCUACGUCACCAUCCUGCGCGAGCCGGCCGCCAUGUUCGAGUCGCUCUUCAGCUACUACAACCAGUACUGCCCGGCCUUCCGGCGCGUGCCCAACGCGUCGCUCGAGGCCUUCCUGCGCGCGCCCGAGGCCUACUACCGCGCGGGCGAGCACUUCGCCAUGUUCGCGCAUAACACGCUGGCCUACGACCUGGGCGGCGACAACGAGCGCAGCCCACGCGACGACGCCGCCUACCUGGCAGGCCUCAUCCGCCAGGUGGAGGAGGUCUUCUCACUCGUCAUGAUCGCGGAGUACUUCGACGAGUCGCUCGUGCUGCUGCGGCGCCUGCUGGCCUGGGACCUGGACGACGUGCUCUAUGCCAAGCUCAACGCACGCGCUGCCAGCUCGCGCUUGGCUGCCAUCCCUGCAGCACUGGCGCGGGCCGCCCGCGCCUGGAACGCGCUCGACGCGGGUCUCUACGACCACUUCAAUGCCACCUUCUGGCGCCGCGUGGCACACGCAGGCCGCGCAUGCGUGGAGCGCGAGGCGCGUGAGCUGCGCGAGGCCCGACAGCGCCUUCUGCGCCGUUGCUUCGGUGAUGACCCGGUGCUGCGGCCGGCUGCGCAGAUCCGCACCAAGCAGCUGCAGCCGUGGCAGCCCAGCCGCAAGGUGGACAUCAUGGGCUACGACCUGCCCGGCGGCGGUGCCGGCCCAGCCACCGAGGCCUGCCUGAAGCUGGCCAUGCCAGAGGUGCAGUACUCGAACUACCUGCUGCGCAAGCAGAAGCGCCGUGGUGGUACACGGGCCCGGCCUGAACCCGUCCUGGACAAUCCCCCACCACGGCCCAUCCGAGCGCUCCCCCGUGGUCCCCAGGGCUCCUGAGCUGUGAGCUGUCUCCCAGAGCCCACACCCUGUCCCAUCAGGGCCCUUUCUUUCCCAGGAGUUUGAGCCCCACGCUGAAUUUUGGGGUGCAUCUCCCCACCUGAGCCCAUCUUCCUAUCUGAGCCGGCCUCCCUGGCGUGGGUUGAGCCCGAUCAAGCCCUGGGCCACCCUCUUCUUCCCAACUGGUUGGUGACUUUAACAAGAGGUGUAAGUUCCGUCCCAAAGCACUCGCCCUGCCUUUUUUCUGGGGGCUGAGCCCCCCACCACCUGUCUUUUCCUAGUGGAUGAGUGCAAGCCCCAGAGUGGGGCUGAGCCCCGGGCAAAGGCUGUGCUGUUUCUCAGUGUGGCUGGGCUUUGACUCUUCCCAGGGCUGCAGAGGCCCCUGUGCUGUCUGUCUUCCAGGUUCUACCCUCCCCACAAACCUAAGCUGCUCCCAGACUCCCAGGACCAAGAGUUCCUGGGUUGGGCUUUU